AACCAAAUAAGGGAUAUGAUCAAACGUGAUGUUGCACGUAAAUUAACACCAGAUGAAAUAAAAGGUUAUGCUGGUCCUAUUACAUAUCUUCAACAUCAUGAAGUGCUAAAGCCAGGAUCUACAUCCACACCAAUUAGGAUUGUCUUUAAUUCCUCUGCCAAAUUCAUGGGACAAUCUCUAAAUAGCUUUUGGGCCAAGGGUCCUGAUGUUUUGAAUUCCAUGGUGGGCAUAUUACUGAGAUUCCGUGAAGGAGCCAUAGGUAUAGCAGGUGAUAUAAGUAAGAUGUACAACAGUAUUAAGCUUCCUGAAAUGGAGCAACAUGUACGCAGAUUUGUUUGGAGAGAUUUCCAGUUGAAUUGUGAGCCUGAGCAUUAUGUGUUAACUUCAAUGGGCUUUGGUGACAAACCUUCUGGAAUAAUUGCUAUGUUGGCUCUUAAACACACAGCUGAGCUAUGGAUGGAAAAGUAUCCCGAUGCUGCUUCUAUGAUAAUAUCAAAUUCUUAUGUUGAUGAUAUUAUACAAUCAGUUGAGAGUAAAGAGAAAGCUUUGCAGUUGAUUCAGGAAACUGAGAAAAUACUCUCAUAUGGCAAUUUUAAGGUAAAGCAGUGGAUUAUGACUGGUGAUGUUGAUAAGGAUGAUCUAGAUUUUUCAGAGAAUGAAGGCGAUAAAAUUCUUGGUUUAUAUUGGGAUCGUUGGAAUGAUGAAUUUAAAUUCAAAGCAAGGUUGAAUUUUUCUCCUAAAUAUAAGGGUAUACGAACAGGUCCAGAUUUAAAAUUUUCAAAUUUUAUUUGUAACAUUCCUCCAGUUUUAACUAAGAGAAUUGUUAUAAGUCAGAUGUGUUCUGUGUAUGACCCACUAGGUUUACUUCUUCCAUACACAUUGAAAGCCAAAAUAUUAUUACGGGAAACUGUCAGUUGCAGCACCAAGUUAGGAUGGGAUGACCCUUUGCCUGCCCAUAUGAAAGAGCAAUGGGUAGUACACUUUCACAAAUUAUUUGGGAUUGAUUCCUUGUCAUUUGAAAGAUGUAUCAAACCACCCACAGCAAUAGGUCUGCCUAUGCUUGUUAUUUUUAGUGAUAGUUCAUCAAAUGCAUAUGGUGCUGUGGCUUAUGCUAGAUGGAAAAUGAAAUCUGGAAUGUUUGAAAGUAAGCUAAUAAUGGCAAAAGGAAGAAUAGCUCCUACCAGACAACUUUCCAUACCCAGACUUGAAUUGUGUGGAGCAAUUAUUUCAUGCAGACUACGCAAAUUAAUCGAAAAUGAAUUAUCAUAUAGAUUUAGUUCAGUAAUGCAUAUAACAGACUCGGCUAUUGUGAGAGCACAGAUCCAAAAGGAGUCGUAUGGAUUUGGGACUUUUGUAGCAACACGGGUAGCAGAAGUACAAUCGAAGAGUAAUCCCAAUGAAUGGUGGUGGAUUGCUUCUUGUCACAAUCCUGCAGAUUUACUUACUAGACCUAAUGAUCCAUCAGAUAUUAUCAUCAGUUCAUUGUGGAAGUAUGGCCCAAAAUUCAUGACUCUACCCAAAGAAGAGUGGCCAAUAAGUCAAUCUAUUGAAUGUGACUUGCCUGAUAGAGUCCAUGUGAAUUUAACACACUGUCUGAAGGACUCAGAUGAAUGUGUUAUUGAUUUAUCUAAGUUCAAAAAUUACAAUAAACUUAUUGCAGUUACUGGUAGGAUAUUAAAUGUAAUGAAGAUCAGAUCUUUAAAGGGUAUCUUAUUAAGACUUGAACCUGAUAUUCUAAAUGAAGCAUUACAAUUUUGGAUCAGGCAAGCACAAAAAUGUUUUUCUGGUAAUUGGAAACAGAAAUAUCAAAGAUUGGGACCAUACAAGACUGAAAAUGGUAUAAUUAUGGUAGGUCAAAGACUGGAGCAUUGGUUAAAACAAAAUUGGAAUCAAGAUAACUUUAUCCUGUUACCCAGGAAACAUUUGUUUACUAUACUUUAUAUUAGUCAUUUGCAUAAUAUAGAUCAUGCUGGAGUGGAUGUUACACUUAGUAAACUGCAGACAAAGUUCUGGGUUCCUUCAGCACGUAAAGUCAUCAGAGCAGUGAAACGUAAAUGUGUUACUUGUAGGAGAUUAGAUUACAAAGUUGAAGGUCAGUGCAUGGGUCAAGUCGCUACUGAAAGAAUAACUCCAUGUCCAGCUUUCUAUCACACUGCUACAGAUAUCUUUGGGCCAUUUCAAAUAAGAGACAAUGUGAAGAAAAGAACUACUGGUAAAGCUUAUGGUGUUAUAUUUAAUUGCAUGGUUACUCGUGCUGUAUAUAUUGAUGUUGUUGAUGGAUAUGAUACCCAUAGUUUCUUGAAGACUUUUAGACGUUUCACAGCUGUCCAUGGAUAUCCAGCUACUGUUCAUUCAGACUUAGGCUCUCAACUGGUAUCAGCUAGUAAGGAACUUCAAAUAGCUAUAAAUAACUGGAAUAUGUCUGAUAUUUCUGAAUUUGGAACAAAAGGGGGAUUAAAAUGGAUUUUCAACCGUUCAGCUGAUGCAGCAUGGCAAAAUGGUGUUAGUGAGUCCUUGAUCAAAUCUGUGAAAAGAUCCUUAGCCAUGAUAAUUGGAUCUACUCUGAUGACAUAUAGUGGUCUACAAACUAUAUUUUUUGAAAUAGCAAACCUCAUGAAUGAAAGGCCUAUUGGAUUAAAACCUGGUAUGGAUUUAGAAUUAGGAACUUACUUGUGCCCAAAUGAUUUGCUUUUAGGCAGGGCAAGUAAUCAUGCACCAUGUGGACCAUGGAAAGAUUCUUUCAAUACAAAGAGAAGGUUAGAUUAUAUACAAAAUGUUGUUAAUACAUUUUGGCGUAAAUGGCAAAGAGAUUAUUUCCCUACAUUAAUUGUUAGACAAAAAUGGCAUACUGAUAAAAGAAAUCUGCAGUCUGGUGAUAUUGUGUUGAUACAAGAUUCUAAUACAGUUAAAGGAAAAUGGAAAAUGGGACAAGUUGUAAAAGUAGAAAAGGGAAGAGACACUAAAGUUCGGGAUGUGAGUAUUAGAUAUAAAGUGCAGAAACCAGGUAAAGAGUACAAAGGUCAGUCUGAUACUAUCAUUAGAAGAUCAGUCCACAAGCUGGUUGUAUUAUUACCGGUGGAAGAACAAUGAUUGUGUGGGGGAGUGUAUCAUUAGUUUGUAUUAACUAAUGAUAAUUUAUUCCUUUUUUGUUAUUUUAUCACGCAUGUCCAAUUUCUGUUUUUUUUAUGUGCUGAGCAUGAUGGGAAAUAGAGGUAACGCAUGGGAAUUUUGAGUCAUAAACAAAGAUCCAUAUUAUGUUUUUGAAGUUGUAUUAUAAGUUGCAGUUUUAUUUUCUUGUUGUUUUGGGAUGCUAGAAUUGUAUUUAGCAUCUUUAGAAGCAGAUAAGCAUAUUCCCAAAAAAGAGAUCUUCUGUUCUAAGUGGAAAACAGGGAUAACACUUCACGCUCACCAGAUGAGGCAAUGUUGUCGAAAUAAAUCAUAAACCAUUAUGACAAGCCGUAUUAUUUCUGGUGACCCGUGAAACA